AGCUCCAGGCUGAGGUCCAUCUGAGCUCCGGGCUGAGGUCCGUCUGAGCUCAGUCUGAGAUCUGGGCUGAGGUCCCUCUGAGCUCCCUGUGAGCUCUGGGCUCAGCUCCAGGCUUAGUUCCCUCUGAGCUCCGGGUUGAGGUCCAUCUGAGCUCCAGGCCAAGGAUCAUCUGAGGCUCAUCUGAUCUCCAUCUGGGCUCAAGUCAGCAUCAGGUUUUCCAGCGACAUGAGCAGCCAAGUGAAAGCAGAGCUGCACCCCAAAGCUGCUCCUGCAGGCAGCAGGCGCACGGUGCGGGGCAGGGCGGCUGGAGCCGACUGGCUGGGCCUGAAGGAUGAGGAUUGGUGUGAGUGGGAGCCGCUGCCUGCAGCGAAGGGCAGCCCUGCCGUGAGCCGCCCCAGCCCUGCCCCGGCCGCACGGCCUGGCCCCGCCAGCCACGUCGCGGCUGCAGAGGAGGCGGCGGCUAAAGCGGCCCCACUGGAGGAGGAGGACUGGCUGAUCGCUGCCUUGGCUCGCAAGAAAGCCCAAGCGCAGGCCAAGGCCCAGGAGAGGAAUGCCGAGGCCUCGGAGGCCCCAGGGGAAAGGCUGCAUCCCCGUCCUGCUGUCAGCUCUGUUCUAGGGGAUGAUUUCUUCAGCAAGCUCUCUGCAGAGGACAGCAAAGCUGCAGGGGGACCCAGGGCCUCUGCCACAGACGCGGAGAAUCUGCUGCAGAACCUGAAGGAUAUGGAUGACCUGGACGCUGAUCUCCUGGGGAUAUCAAAGCCCAGUUCUGCAGCAGAGAAGACAACUGUGAAAGGUCCUGAGGAAUGGGGUUCCUUGGGAGAAGGACGAGCUAAAGCCCCAGGGAAGCUGUUAGCUGCUGAGAAGGAGAAGGAAGAGGACUGGAAGAGGAAAGAUGAUGUGUCUGGCGUGUACAAGUCCUCGGUGGCCUCCACACCCAAGAGCCCAGUGGCGAGGAGGCGGUCUGUCAGGUUUUCCAGCGACAUGAGCAGCCAAGUGAAAGCAGAGCUGCACCCCAAAGCUGCUCCUGCAGGCAGCAGGCGCACGGUGCGGGGCAGGGCGGCUGGAGCCGACUGGCUGGACUGGAAGGAUGAGGAUUGGUGUGAGUGGGAGCCGCUGCCUGCAGCGAAGGGCAGCCCUGCCGUGAGCCGCCCCAGCCCUGCCCCGGCCGCACGGCCUGGCCCCGCCAGCCACGUCCCGGCUGCAGAGGAGGCGGCGGCUAAAGCGGCCCCGCUGGAGGAGGAGGACUGGCUGAUCGCUGCCUUGGCUCGCAAGAAAGCCCAAGCGCAGGCAAAGGCCCAGGAGAGGAAUGCCGAGGCCUCGGAGGCCCCAGGGGAAAGGCUGCAUCCCCGUCCUGCUGUCAGCCAUCCAGCUGCCUCCACAGGAGCCCCACAGCAGGCAGCUGCCCUGCAGGACACAGCCAGUGCAGACAGCUCUGGGCAGCCGGUGCCCUGGCUCAGCACCACGAAAGGAGCCUCAACUCAGGCGUCGGAGGCUGAGAAGGAGGAUCCCUCCGGAGACACCAGCGCCCUGGCCUCUACAGCCUUAUUGCCAGGAGAGCAGGAGGUGCAGGGCCCUGUCCCACUUGCUCAGGUUCCCACGCCCAGGACACGUCUCCAGGCUGCCCCACAGCUGCAGGCAGAGUCCUCAGGCCUGGGCUUGCUGCAUGAGAGGAGGCCGGGGCAUGGCACUGCCCAGCUCUGUGAGGAUGCAUCAGGCUGCCGGGCAGCUCUGGUCAGCGCCCAGGCCCGUGUGGCAGAGCUGGAGAGCCAGGUCCAGAUGCUGGAGGUGGAGCGGACGCAGCAGAGGCUGUUGCUGGAGAGUCUCCAGCAGCAGCACCAGAAGAACCUGGAUCUUCUCGAGAGCCCCUACAGGCGGCAAAUGAAGGUGUUGGAGGAGAGCCACGGGCGGCAGGAGGAGAGGCUGCGGCAGGAGCUGGAGCAGCUGAGGGCUCAGCUGCUGUCGCAGAGCCAGGACGCGGAGCAGGCGCAGGCAGAGCUGCGGGCACAGCACCAGCAGCAGCUGGCAGCACUGGAGCAGCAGCACACGCUGGAGGUGAAGCGGCUGCAAGAGCUGCAGAGGACGUCCAUCCAGGAGCUGCGCCAGGACUACGACGAGCAGCUGCGGCGGCUGCAGCGGCUGAAGGAUCAGGAGGUGGAUGCGGUGACCAGCGCCACGUCACACACCAGGUCUCUGAACGGCGUCAUCGAGCGGAUGGAGAAGUUCUCCAGUGAUCUGCACGAGCUCUGGCACAAGGUGGAGGCCAAGCACCACAGCACCUCCCAGGAGCUGGCCACGUGGGCACAGCAGCUCAGGGUGCUCCAAGACAGGAUGUUGCAGCAGCAGAAGGACAUGGAGGAGGAACAGAGACGACACCAGGACGUGAUUGCUAAAGUGGAGGCCAGGCUGAGCGAGCAGUCUCAGCAGCUGGAGCAGGAGCGCUGCAGGGCGCUGGCAGAGCAGUGCCAAGUGGGAUCUCUGCAGCGCUCGCUGGAGGAGCGGCAGCAAGUCCUGAGCCAGCAGCUCUCCAAGGAGCGAGCAGAGCUGGAGAGGGCCAAGAGCACUUUUCUGGCGGAGCAGCAGUUGGUGGUGCAGAAGUGCUCAGAGGAGUACCAGAAGCUGGCGACUGAGUGGGCUGAACUUCGUGCCCAGCAGCAGCAGAGCAGGGAGCUGGCAGAGCUGAAAGCCAAGGAGGAGCAGCUGGAGAAGGCCAGAGAGCUGCAGGAUAAGGCCUGGCAGAAGCUGAGGCUGGAGAAGGAGAGGGUGAAGGUGGCUGCGCAGCGCGUCCGGCAGCAGGAGGAGAAGGUGCAGAGCAGGGCCAAGCUCUCAUCCCAGAAGGACAAGAGGGGGCAGCGAGUGCUGCAGAAGGCUUGCAGGGGGGAGUGUGAGCACCCAAGGAGGCUGCAGGCCAUGCAGCAGCGCUUGAAGCAGCUGAGGCAGCAGGAACAGCACCUGCAGGAGGAGUGGCUGAGCACGGCUCUGAAGAGGAGACAGCUAGAAGAGCGAUGUGAGGAGCUGCCCAACAACUCCAUGAUGCUGCUGACUGCAGACCAGGACCUCGGUGCCCCUGUGGACGGCCUCUCCAGCACACUGUUUCCCCUGACGACAGCGGCACCACAGAGCUGGGGUCUUGUUGCAGAGCCUCCAGCUCCUGUCAGGGUGCUCCCUCAGCACAGCCCUGGGGCUGGCAGGGACACCCUGGCCACAGCCAGCGGCACCGAGCUCAUUGACGCCACGCUGCUGCUGCUGAAGUUCAGGGCCCAGCAGGACCAUGGUUUCUUAGAGAAUGAGGAGUUCUACCUGGAGAGUCUGACAAAAUCAUCCUAUCACACGUCAGCUCGGUCACGAGGAUGGUGGUCAGCACAUCUCACACCAGCAAAACUGCAGCCACGUCUCCACCAAUUGGUGACAAAGAAACCCAAGCUUUCUUAGGCAUUGUGGGCUUUUGGAGGCUGCACAUUCCCAACUGCUGUAAAUCCUCUCUGUCGAGUCACCUGGAAGAAAAACGAUGUCAAAUGGGGCUCUGAACAACGACAAGGCUUUCAACAAAUUAAACGAGAGGCUGCUCAGGUGGUGUCCCUUGGGCCAGUCUGAGCAGGACCAGAUGUGACAAACAUGCUCUGCACUGCAGCUGGAGAGAAUGGCCCUACCUGGAGCCUCUGGCUAGAAGCACGUGGGGAGGCUGGAGGCUGAGCCCUGGGAUUCUUGAGUCAGGGAUGCAGAGGAUCCGAGGCCCGGUGCACUCCCACCAAGAAGGGGAGACUGGCAGCAGAUGAAGGAGUUUGAGCUGCCUCAGAAGGAACUGGCAUGGAAGCAGGACUGUUCUCAGCACCCAACUGCCAGUGCUGGGCUGGGUGUCCAAAGGGAGGGUCUCCUCCACACAUCAGGCGACUGACGCCACAUGGAGUGAGGGGGUUGUGUUGAGCACUCAGUGAGCUCCUGUAGGAAACCCCAGUCACCCCAGCAUCCUGCACGUGAUCACCAACUGGGACUUGACCCUUUCUGACAUCCUGGGGAACCUGAGGCAGGAGCAUCCCAACAGAAUGUGGAGCAAGUGCUCAGUGGCAUCUCUCUGCAAAAGGGAUCUCUUCUCCUGGGCUGGUGUGUGGGAGCUGCGUUGUGUGGGCUGUCUGAAUGCUGACAUGGUGCCUUUCUGGCAGGUUUCAGUGCAACUAACAUGGACUUGGAGGACACAGGCGGUCCCGAGGGGCAGACAGUGAGUCGCCAGAACCGGCGCCGAAGGAAAAACUCCUGGCAGUCCAAUGUCCUGGUGUGGGAAAUAGAGGUGCCAAAGGAUACAGUCACACAAUUGAUUGGCAAACAGGGGCAGUUUAUUAACAGCUUGAGGAGAGAGUCUGGGGCCACAAUUUCUCUCUCAGCGCUCCCUGAUGUCGAUGACUACGAAAUCUGUCAAAUCAAAGGCCUCUCCCAUCAAGUGGACAGAGUGCUGAGCCUGAUUGGCGGGAGGUUCCAGCACCUGUGUCUGGACAACAAACACUGUGCUCGUUUCUGCUGGGAAAAGGUUCUGUUCUAGAAGGAUGUAGGAACGGGUACAGCAUGGGCAGCUGCCCCAGGCUGGCCAGCAGGUUUUGGAACCCAUCCUGACAUGGUGCUCAGCACAUGUGUGCAGUUGUGUCAGGUCCCAGCUGAUGAGCAACGACGUCACUCACCAUCCCCUUUGUACAUCCCCUCGUGCAUUGUUAGAACUGUUUCUCCUUCCCUUGUUCCUUCUUGUUAUUCCAUUAAAAUGUUCUGAUUGCAACCUC